UAAAGAGACAUAAGCCGAGUAGAGACAGGCAGAAGUGAAGCUCUGUCCAAAAGGCUUUCAUCUUUAGAACACCCCUUCUCUAAAAGCUUCCAAACAAGCGAAUCUAAUAACCCAAGAAAGCUCUGCACCUUUUUCUCUGUUCUUUUCCAAGGAAUUUGCAAGUGGUUUAAAAAGAUUGGUUAAAUUCUGAAAAAAAUGAAGAAUUCUGUAUCGGAUCACAGUUUUUAUAUCGAUAGUGAGGAGGAAGAGGAAGAAAUUAAGGACAAUAAAGAUGAGGAUGAUGGGGCUGAUUCGGAUUCUUCAGGCUAUUCAAAUGAUGAUCAGCAACAGAGUAAACCCAAUUCUUUGAGUAAUGCAUGGCCUCAAAGUUACAGGCAAUCAAUUGAUUUAUAUAGUAGUGUGCAAUCACCGAGCCUCAACUUUCUUGGAACUCCUGCAUUAUCACGAUUUGGCAGCUCGUUUCUUUCCUCAUCGCUUACAAGGAGACACACUCCUGAAAUAUUGCCGAGUUAUGAAAAACCUUUAAUACCAAAAGAUGAACCUCAGCAAAGACGCAGUUCUCAUUCCCUCCUUCCUCCUGUUCCGUCACGGACAUCUUCUUUGAAGAAAGUGAUUCCUGAUCAGAAAUCCAAGGAUUUACAUCAACUUCCAGGUUCAGGACAGAGUUCAUUUGGCCAAGCUGUUCUAAAUGGUAUUAAUGUACUGUGUGGAGUUGGUUUACUUUCUACGCCCUAUGCAGCCCAACAAGGAGGUUGGGCUGGGCUUUCUUUAUUAUUCAUAUUUGGAAUCUUAUCUUUCUACACGGGGAUUCUCUUGCGUAAAUGCUUGGAUAGUCAGCCAGGUCUCGAGACAUACCCAGACAUUGGGCAGGCAGCCUUUGGCACAACAGGACGUAUUGUCAUCUCUAUAAUCUUAUAUGUGGAAUUAUACGCUUGUUGUAUUGAAUAUAUAAUUUUAGAGAGCGAUAAUCUGUCAUCUCUGUUUCCAUAUGCACACUUGAGUUUGGCAGGUUUUGAAUUAAAUUCACACCAUCUGUUUGCAUUAAUUACCACCCUUGCUGUCCUUCCCACGGUUUGGCUCCGGGACCUCAGUGUUCUAAGCUACAUAUCUGCUGGUGGAGUUAUUGCGUCAAUAAUGGUGGCUUUCUGCCUGGUUUGGGUUGGAGUGGUUGAUGAUGUUGGGUUUGAAGCGAAAGGAACAAGUCUGAAUCUCUCUACUCUUCCCGUAGCCCUUGGUCUCUAUGGUUACUGCUAUUCAGGGCAUGCUGUUUUUCCAAAUAUAUACACAUCAAUGGAGAAACGUAGCCAGUUCCCUCUUGUUCUUUUAACUAGCUUUGGUAUUUGUACGGUGUUAUAUGCUGGGGUUGCUGUGGUCGGAUAUAAGAUGUUCGGAGAAUCAACAGAGUCACAGUUUACUCUUAAUAUGCCCCAUGAUUUGGUUGCGUCUAAGAUUGCUCUUUGGACUACGGUGGUGAAUCCAUUUACCAAAUAUGCGCUAACCAUCUCCCCAGUGGCAAUGAGUCUGGAAGAAUUGAUACCAUCAAACCAUCACAAGUCUCACUUCAUGUACUCAGUGUUGAUCAGAACAUCACUGGUAGUCUCAACUUUACUCGUAGGCCUAAGCAUCCCAUUUUUCGGUCUGGUUAUGUCAUUGAUUGGAUCACUACUAACAAUGCUAGUGACCUUGAUACUUCCUUGCAUCUGCUUCCUGAGCAUCGCAAAGGGAAAAGUUACGCGCUUUCAGGGGAUUCUUUGUGGAGUGAUAAUUACGGUUGGCACCAUUUCAGCAGCUUUCGGAAGCUACUCAGCCAUGUCAAAGAUCAUAGAAGAAUUGAUAUAAAUAUUUUGGAACUCUGUUCUGUUAUAGGAAAAAAAGCUAUAUAUCAUUACCCAUUUUUUCACCUCAUGAUAUGAACAUUUUUACCUAUGAUUGAUUUCUCCUUUAUUUACAUCUUUGUUGAGA